AUGUCUCUCACUCCCCACGGCAACUUUGGCCGAAGGAACAACAUCGUCGACCCCAUUCAGACUGUUAACAAUGCCAUGUCAACCAUGAAUUCUAGGAUGGAAGCCAUGCAGUCUGAGUUUGCAGCUGAACCGGCGGCGUUCGCCAACAUCAGCAUAGACGAGAAGCAGACCCGAGACGCGUACAUUUACACCGCCCACCUUCCGGGGCUGAGAGAAGAGGAGUUGAAGGUGGAGGUAUAUGGUCAGAAUCUAAAGAUAAGCGGGGUGAGGAGCAUAGUGGAGCAGCAGGAGGAUGAGACAGGGUACAGGUCUAUGAGAAGCAGUAGCAGCUCCUUCUCCAGGCAGUUCAACCUCCCCGGGAACGCGGCGGCGGACCAGGUCACCUACGGAAUCAAUAAUGGGGUGCUCACUGUCACAGUGCCCAAGGCAUGGAGGUGA